GCAAACCAAAUGUUGACUGUUGUUAGUCGAGUAGAGACCGCUCUUCAAAGUGGGAAUGCUCACAGAAUAAAUAUAUAUACACAACUAGCUAGAUAAAUAUGUAAAAUAAUUAAGAGACCUGAAAAAGUUAAAUUUAAGACAAGUUUUGCAUUUUAAGAUGAAUCAAAAUUAACAUACAACACAAACUGUGAUAGUGCAAUAGAAUAGAAUAGAACUUUAAAGCAACUAGUGUGCCCAGCGUUUUGUGAAAUACCCGCCCGCGCCUUGGUCACACUGCCGCAAAAUGCAUAUCUGUCUAGUUGCCGCGAAUAUGCACGCAGCUGAGCUUUAAUCCGCCCGAGAAGAUGACACUAAUUGGGCCGCGGUCAACGUUGAGUGUGUUUAGCGUUUUGGGUUCGGUGUUUUGGGUUAGUUUUAUGUUUUUAGUGGGCCGCAUUUGGGUAUUCAGUGUCAGUUUCGCUCGGUUCUUCGGCCACAACUGACGACUGUUGAAUCCGUUGAUUCCGAAUCCGUGUGUGUGUGUAGGCUUUUCACCUGUCGAAAGGUGCGAAUUAGUAUGACACCGCCCCGGCUGAGUCGCUAUUUGAUGGCAGUGCGUGGUGGGCGUGAUGGGGAGCAGCACAGCAAGAACUCGCAGACCGACGAAGAGAAGCAGCGCGAUCGACAGCGAAACGAGCGCGAGGCCAAAAAGGAAGAGCAGGACGCCAUCAACUACAAGCGCGACAAGGAGCAACGCGAGGCCCGUCUGCUGGACUUUGAGAUACGCCGCCAGCAGAAGCGGGACGAGCAGCAGCAGCAGCGCCAGCAGCAGCAGCAACUGCAGCAGCACCGCGAGCAGCAGCAGCAACACCAGCGCGAGCAGCAGCAGCAGCAGCACCGCGACCAGCAGCAGCAACAUCAGCAGUCCAGCGAGAAGAGUCCGCCCACCUCCUCCUCCGCCGCCGCCGCCGCAGCCGCAGCCGCCGCCGCUGCCGCCCACCAAACGCAUCCUCAUCCGCAGCAGCAGCAACAGCAACAGCAGCAGCAGCAGCGACAGCACUUGCACCUGCAGCAGCAACACCUGCAACACCAGCAGCAGCAGCAGCAACAACAACAGUCAACGGGCAGCGGCAGCAGCAACACACCCGUGACCCCCAAGUUGCAGACACCGCCCCCCGAUCGAUCGCUGCCCCCCGCCUUCCGGAGCCGCUCCAUCGAGCGGGAGAUUCUCUACGAGCGGAAGCGAUUCUCGCAGCCGGAAGCCGGCGAGAUCAAGGUUUUCCAUCACUAACCAUCCACCCACCACCCAUCACCCAUCAUGGCCUUCCAUGCAACCCAUCUGCACCUGCCAGCGACAAAUUUUUUAUUUUUUCGAAAGGUGGACAAAAGAUUCGGUCUGUUGUCGUAAUAAAUUAUACCACUAAUUUUGGAUUACUUUUUAGAUUCAUAUUCAAUUCAUAGCAACAGAAUUUUGUAGGUGGAUGCCACAGAAGUCACUUUUAAAUGUCUUCUAAGGUGUCUAAAACUAUGCAGUAAAUAAAUUCAAUGUAUUUCUGAAUAUAAAAUAUAUUGUUGCAUACUUUUAGACUCCCAAAAUAACAUUCAAGAAUGAAAUAACACCCUUUUCAUUGGGUGUGGCGCCUCGAAUUGUUUAUUGGCAAAUUACAUUCAAACCAAAAAAAAUUUCGGAAAAAACUUGUAAAAAUCGUUUGACGUUUUAAAAUGUUAAAACUUUAACAUUGGAUUAUUUAAUAUGUGUAUUUCUUUUCUUGUAUAUUUUGUUAUUACAAAUAUUAUUAUUUGUUAUUGGCAAAUUUGUUUACAGUCGUAAUAUUUUUAAUCUAAAAAAUAUAUUUUUAGGUAGUAAAUAAAAGUAAAUUCUAAAUAAUAUUUAAUAAUAAUUAGGUACUUGUCAAAUGAUUUUGAAUAUUUGUUGAAAACCUUUUUCUUUUGCAAAAGUGAAUUUAAUUAAAAUAACCUAUAAACCGAUUUUGUCCACCUUUUUCUAUGAUUAACUAUUAACUAAAACUCUCUUUGGGAAUUCACCUCGCACAGGAGCUUGAUAGUACGACAUCAUCAUCGUCCACGCAGCAGACCUUCCCUGGCAGCGCAGUCGGGGCGGGCAGAGCGUCGACAGCGGCAGCGGCGGUACCUGGGAGCGGGACACCGGGAGCGGGACAAACGACGACAUUGGCGGG